AAGUUCAGUUGCUUUCCCAAAAGCGCAGCGCGCGGUUGAGUUUUAGUUUUCAGUUGGUCGUUUGGAUCUGUGCGUAGAACUGAAGAGGAUUGCUGGCAUUUGGCAUUAUGGGGAACAUGCAAGCCCGACCGUCUGAGGCCCGCAAUGUGCCGAACCGGAGAAGCAGCAUGUUGAAGAGCUUUCGGUACUCGAGCGCUCUGCACCGUCGCGAAGAUUUGUCCGUCAUGGUUCACAACUCUAGGAUGAGCAUUACUGAAUGGCUGGAUCUCCUAGAGCUGCAGCAGUACGAAGGAAACCUUCAGGAGUUCAGCUUCGUGGACGACGUGGUGGACAUAACAGAUAAGGAGCUCAAGCAACGUGGAGUGCGCGGUGGCCACCGCCAGACGAUGCUCAACAGUCUGCUGGGAGUCCGAGCGAAGCGACGCCAAUCUAUGAAUUUGGAAGCUGUAAGCAGUGCCCCGCAAGUAGUUUGGCGGCGGAAGAACUCCUGUCCGCUAGUUAAUCUAGGCGGGAGUUCCCCAAUUAUGGCGGGAAGUCGCGAUAACGGACCCGGCGUGAUUAUCACCAAAAGCGGAAAGAUUCUUAAGCAACUCACCAUCGAUGAAACUUCCACAGUAUACGAGGAACUGAGACCGCGGUCCAAGUGCAACAGUGCCAGUUGGACCAUCGAGGGCGGCAACAUGGAGGGCUAUGGCAGCAGCACCGCCUCCACGCCGCUAUCUAAAGACCAGUCCCAGACCAACGCCAAUUCCAAUCCCAAUCCCAAUCCCGGCGAGCACCAGGAGGCCAUCGCCUUGAAGAAGGCGCUCGAGUGGGAGCUUAGUCUGGACGCCCGAGAGCUCCGUUCCCACGCCUGGUACCACGGAGCCCUGCCCCGCCAACGAGCCGAGGACAUUGUGCAGCGCGAGGGCGACUUCCUAGUCCGCGACUGCGCCUCCCAGCCGGACAACUACGUGCUCAGCUGCCGGAGCAAGGCGGCCGUUCUGCACUUUGUGCUCAACAAGUUGGUGCUACAACCGGAGACAGUUUACGAACGCGUACAGUUCCAGUUCGAAGAGGAUGCCUUUGACACCGUUCCCGACCUAAUAACUUUCUACGUGGGAUCCGGCAAGCCCAUCUCGUCGGCGUCGGGGGCACUCAUCCAGUUUCCCUGCAAUCGCACCUAUCCGCUGUCCUUCUACGGCCACAAGAUCGUGGGCAACCAGCUGCACACCCAGAUGCUGGCCGGGCUGAGGGGUCUAAGUCCUCUGAACUCGCCGAUGGCCAGCAAUGGGGGAACCUUUCGCUUCGAUCCUCAGCAGCAACAGGCAUCGGCAUCCCCCAUGGCCAGAUCCCCGGCCAGUCCGCACUGCUCUCCUCCAAGGGCUCGACGAGAGGUUCCUCCGCCACCGCGACUGCCUUGCAAGAAGCAGCAGCGCUCCCAGAGCCUCACGCCUGCCCAGGCCAUGCUGGUGAGCAACAUCAACAAGCUCCAGGAGCAGCAGCACCUGCAGAUGCAGGAGCCUGAGAACGGGAAUGGCCACGGCCACGGGAUGGUCCGCUUCCAGACGAUCGCCCGGUGCAACCCCACGAGCGAGCACCACCUCGAGAGCAAGUUCACCACCCACUCACUGCCCAGGGCCAACACCUCGGCGGCGCAGGCCCUGCGCCAGCAGGCGGUGGCCCGGAUCUCGAGUCUGGCGAGGAACUGCAGCCUGGACUCGCCGGCCGACUCUCAACCGCCCAGUCCGCCGCCCAAGCCGCGCAAGGAACCCAUGGCUGCGGUCCUGGCCUACCAGGCCAGUGGAUCCGACUCGGGCAACGGCUCCGGCGACUCUGUUCUCGGGGAUGCCUGCGAGGCUAGCAUACAGCGGGGAGUUAUUAUCAAGAAUCCCCGAUUCAUGACCACCUCAGUCUCCAACGGUACGCUGAAGAGCUUCACCGAAUUUGACGCCCUUGCCGCCGAGGAGGAGCUUUUCACCAUGGCCAUAGAGGAAGUGAGAACGGCAAGCAAGUUCGACUUUGAAAACUUUGUCACUCUGCUACUGCCAUCUGUGGACAAUAAGCCACUGGACGGCGAUGCCCUCAACACCUUCAAGAUGAUGCUUUUAGAGACGGGCCCAAAGCUGCUGGCGGAGCAUAUAACCCGCAUCGACAUUGGCCUGUUUCUGGAGGAGCCAUCCAACGAGGAGGACUACUAUCUGAGCUGCUCGGGUCUUGAGCUGCUGACACUGCCCCACGGAAAGCUCUUCCGCGAGGACAUUAUCGAGCGGACGCAGUGCAUCAAGCUAAUGGUGGCCGUGACUAUACUCACCUGUCAAACGGAUCUGGACCGGGCCCAGCUACUUAGUAAAUGGAUUCAGAUAGCCGUGGAGACUAAGACUGCACUGGGAAAUCUUUUUGGGUUCUGUGCCAUCAUGUUGGGGCUAUGCAUGCAACAGAUUCAGAAGCUCGACCAAGCCUGGCACAUCCUGAGGCAGCAGUAUACGGACAGUGCCUUCACCUUCGAGGCCAAGCUGCGUCCCACGUUGAGCACCAUGAACGAGGCCUCUAAUCCUCAGGCCCCAAACACAACCGUUCCUCAUGUUCUUCUAUACGCGCUAUUGAUCGAUCGGCCCGUGAUGGACAUCAUAAACCAUUCGAACAUUGAUGAUCGUCCAGCACUGUACCACACAUGUAUUACUCCUUGGGAGUCAAAGGCGGACGACUUCGGCAUGUCCAUUAAUUUUCAGCACCUCGACGCUUCGCGCGGCUUUCUAAAGAACUUGGACUUAUAUCGAAAGAAUGCCAAGAUCAUUCUCGAGGACGCCAGCCCCAGGCUGGAUGAGCUUCUAGCAGAUGCGUUUCGAACCGAGUUCCAUGUGAAGUUCCUAUGGGGCAGUUCCGGGGCCACUGCGAAGUCCGAAGACCGACAUAGCAAGCUGGAAAAGGUGCUAACCCUUAUGGCCGACAAGUUCUGCAUGAUGACCGAAUAGUAUUAUGAGAAUUGACUCUAGUCUUUGCUAAUAACAAAAAAGAACUUACUGUAUUUAAAGGAACACUACAACAUUUUUUCGACUAUUCGAAAUUCGUCUUUACCGAACUAUCUCCAAUGUUUCCAGACCCUCCGCAAAUUUGAAUUUCGUGCUGUCUCUACCUCAGCCUGAUUAUGUUUUAUUUCAGCAGAAACACAAAAGCACUUUAUGUUACAGUUCAAAUAUUGAUUAGCCUAAGUUAAGCCAACUUUAGAAAUGAACGAGUAUGCGAUGAGAAACUGGGAAAAUAAAAUAGAACCCAACUAGUUAUCAUUUAUUCAACAGAAACUUUUAAAGAGCAGUCUUACUCUGACAUACUAUUAAAGAUUUCUACUUACGUAACAUAUUAUUCUAUUUAAAAACGUACUCUACUAUAGAUCAGACAAUAUACGUUAAUCAAAACUUAAUACUUAAACAUAUUCUCACACAUAAUAAUAUAGGCAUAACACUGAGAAUGCAUAAUGCUUUACAAUUUUAUACAUGUAAAGAUAAUGCAAAUAAAGAGAAUACUUAAGCCA